AUGGCACCUGUCACGCUGCAGACGGUCGAUGACGACCUCAAAGAUGUCAUCCAACACCUCUUCGAGAUCCAAUCCGCCGUCCACGGCUACCUAGGCCCGGAGACACAGCAAGAGCUGGUCCGCAAAAUCAAAAACCUCACCCUCGCCCUCUCCACUCUCUCCACACACACAGACCUCCCUCCAAACGCCCAGUCCGACACUUCGUCAAACCUAACCGACCCCUCCAACCCGCCCCUUUCCAGCAUCCAGCUCCCGCCCGAGAUCAUCGACUACAUUGACGCGGCGCGCAACCCGGACAUCUACACGCGUGAGUUCGUGGAGCUGGUGCAGCGCGGCAAUCAGGAUCUGAAGGGGAAGCGCGAGGCCUUUGCCGAGUUCCGGGAUGUGCUGGCGCGCGAGAUGCGCAGUGCUAUGCCUGAGUGUCGGGCGGAGGUGGACCGCGUGGUGGCCGUGACGGGGGGACGCGGAGCGGGUGCGGCGGAGGAGACGGUGGAUGGAACCGCGAAGUGA